AUGGCUGCGCUCGGAUACUUCUUAAUGCUCUGCAGCCUGAAGCAGGCGCUGGGCAGCUACCCGAUCUGGUGGUCUCUGGCCAUCGGGCCCCAAUACUCUUCCCUGGGCACCCAGCCCAUCCUCUGUGCCAGCAUCCCAGGCCUGGUGCCCAAGCAGCUGCGCUUCUGCAGGAACUACGUGGAGAUCAUGCCCAGCGUGGCCGAGGGUGUCAAGGCUGGCAUUCAAGAGUGCCAGCACCAGUUCCGUGGCCGCCGCUGGAACUGCACCACCAUCAGCAACAGCCUGGCCAUCUUUGGCCCUGUACUGGACAAAGCCACCCGGGAGUCAGCCUUUGUCCACGCCAUCGCCUCAGCGGGUGUGGCCUUUGCAGUGACACGCUCCUGUGCGGAGGGCUCUGCUGCCAUAUGUGGCUGCAGUAACCGCCACCAGGGCUCUCCUGGGGAAGGCUGGAAGUGGGGCGGCUGUAGUGAGGACAUCGAAUUUGGCGGGAUGGUGUCUCGGGAGUUUGCAGAUGCCCGUGAGAACCGGCCAGAUGCCCGCUCCGCCAUGAACCGCCACAACAAUGAGGCUGGGCGCCAGGCCAUUGCCAGCCACAUGCAUCUCAAGUGCAAGUGCCACGGGCUCUCCGGCAGCUGCGAAGUGAAGACCUGCUGGUGGUCGCAGCCUGACUUCCGCACCAUUGGCGACUUCCUCAAGGACAAGUAUGACAGCGCCUCGGAAAUGGUGGUGGAGAAGCAUCGUGAGUCACGGGGCUGGGUGGAGACCCUGCGGCCACGCUACACCUACUUCAAAGUGCCCACGGAGCGCGACCUGGUCUACUACGAGGCCUCGCCCAAUUUCUGCGAGCCCAACCCCGAGACGGGCUCCUUUGGCACGCGCGAUCGCACGUGCAACGUGAGCUCUCACGGCAUCGACGGCUGUGACCUGCUAUGCUGUGGCCGAGGCCACAACGCGCGCACCGAGCGGCGCCGGGAGAAGUGCCACUGCGUUUUCCACUGGUGCUGCUACGUCAGCUGCCAGGAGUGCUCGCGCGUCUACGACGUGCACACCUGCAAGUAG